UAGGUGACUGUGCAUGGCGCUUUACCUUAUGAGUUCAGUUCCAUCAUUCUCAUCGUUUUGCAGCCAUGCUUUUGUUCUUCUCUUGUGGUGUGGUUUGUUAGUCACCUCAAAGGGUGGUGGGAAUAAUGAGACAGACCGCUUGGCAUUGCUUGAGUUCAAAGCGAAGAUCACUCAUAACUCUCUUGGGGUCAUGAGCUCAUGGAAUGAUAGCAUCCACUUUUGUCACUGGCGAGGGGUUACAUGUGGUCGUCGACAUCAGAGGGUCACCGUGUUAGACCUACAAUCUCAAAAAAUGGUAGGCUCUAUAUCACCACACAUUGGUAAUUUAAGCUUUUUGAGAAAUUUAACACUCCAAAACAAUAGCUUUUAUAAUGAAAUCCCUCCAGAAAUUGGUCGUUUGCGUAGAUUGCAAGUCUUGCGAUUAGAAAAUAACACAUUCAAUGGAAAAAUUCCUAGCAAUUUAUCAUAUUGCUCUAGCCUCAUUCUUCUGCAUGUUGGUUAUAAUAAUUUGGUUGGAGAAAUCCCAGCAAAGUUUGGCACAUUGUCAAAGCUCCAAUCCUUCGAUAUUCAUAGAAAUAAUCUGAUAGGAAUUAUCUCACCUUCUUUUGGGAACUUAUCCUCUCUAGAAGUGUUUAAUACACAUUUUAAUAACUUGGGUGGGAUUAUCCCUAUUUCUUUUGGCCAACUGUCCAAGCUUACACUUUUUGAUGUGGCUGCAAAUAGGUUGUUUGGUACAAUUCCUCCCUCAUUUUUCAAUCUCUCUUCGUUAAUAACAUUUAACGUAAAAGUAAACCAAAUCCAAGGAUAUCUUCCGCCAAACAUGGGUAUCACCCUACAGAAUAUCAAAGUAUUCGUUGUUGGCGCAAACCAAUUUACUGGAUCUAUUCCUAUUUCAAUAUCUAAUGCCUCAAAUCUAGAUUCACUUUAUUUGGGCCAAAAUCAACUAUUUGGGAAGGUUCCUUCGUUGGAGAAAUUGAAAAAAACGAGGAUUUUACUCCUCACCUACAAUUAUCUUGGAAGUGGGGGAGCAAAUGACUUGAUUUUUCUUUGUUCUUUAACAAAUGCAACCAAUCUAAUGAAGUUGGGUAUAAAUGUCAACAGCUUUGAAGGGAAAUUGCCCGGAUGCAUUAGCAACUUCUCCACUAAUCUUAUCAACUUGUAUCUAGAUAAUAAUAAAAUAUUUGGAAACAUUCCUAUUGGGAUCGGAAACCUGAUUAGCUUGGAGUCACUCACCAUGUGGAAAAAUAGAUUAUCAGGUACUAUUCCCUUUGAAAUCGGAAAGCUUCAAAAGUUACGAGAGUUGGCUUUAAAUGACAAUAAUUUCUCUGGGAACAUUCCAUCAUCUCUAGGAAAUUUGACGGCAUUGUUAGAGUUGUAUUUACUCAGCAAUAAUCUUCAAGGAACCAUUCCUUUAAGUCUAAGUCAAUGCCGAAAUGUGAUUUUUAUGAGUCUUGCUAAUAACAAUCUCAGUGGUACCAUAUUCCCGCAAGUCCUUGGUCUCUCAUUCUCACUAAUUAGCGUGGAUUUGUCUGCCAACCAAUUUAAUGGUGCACUUCCAAUGGAAGUAGGAAAUUUCAUAAAUCUAGGAUACUUAGAUAUCUCUGAAAACAUGUUGUUUGGUAAAAUUCCUACAAGUCUUGGGAGCUGUGCAAAACUAGAAUCUCUAAUCAUGAGAGGAAACUUAUUCCAAGGUGUCAUUCCUUCAUCUUUGGAGUCAUUAAGAGGACUUCAAACUUUAGAUCUUUCUAAUAACAAUUUGUCUGGCAACAUUCCAAGAUUUUUGGAGCGCUUUGACAUCUUGCAGUUAUUGAAUUUGUCUUAUAAUCAUUUUGAGGGUGAAGUACCGACAAAGGGAGUUUUCAAGAACUCAAGUGCAACUUUGAUUAUGGGAAAUAGUAAGCUUUGUGGAGGCAUGCCUAAGCUUAAGCUUCCUGUAUGCAAAUACAAUAAAUCCAAAAAGAGGAAGUUGAGUCUUUCAUUGAAGUUAAUAAUCACGAUACUUUCUGGGCUUCUUGGAGAAACUUUGGUGGUGUCAUUUCUACUUCUUUUCUUUUUAAAGAGAAAAGGAAGAGAAAAUACUUCAAAUAAUUCAAGAAAUGUACUUUUGAAUGUAUCUUACCAAAGUCUUUUAAAGGCUACAGAUGCGUUCUCCUCCACUAAUUUAAUUGGUGUAGGUAGAUUUGGCUCUGUGUACAGAGGAGUUCUUGAUCAGGAUAGAGGUACAAUUGCUAUCAAGGUGCUUAACCUUUUGCGCCAUGGAGCUUCCAAGAGUUUCAUUGCUGAAUGUGAGGCUUUACGGAACAUCAGACAUCGAAAUCUUGUAAAGGUACUUACAACAUGUUCAGGUGUUGACUAUCAAGGUCAUGAUUUCAAAGCUUUGGCAUAUGAAUUCAUGAGUAAGGGUAACCUAGAUGAGUGGUUGCAUCCAAUUGCAAGAACAAAUGAAGCUCUUGAGGAACAAAAGAAUUUGAAUUUGCUUCAAAGAUUGAAUAUUGCUAUUGAUGUUGCAAAUGCAUUGGAUUAUCUUCAUCAUCACUACCAUACGCCAAUUGUUCAUUGUGACCUCAAGCCUAGCAAUGUUCUUCUCGAUGAUGAAAUGAUCGGACAUGUUGGUGACUUUGGCUUGGCAAGGUUCCUUCAUGAGGCACCCAAAGAUAGUUCCACUAAUCAAUCAAGCUCUAUCGGAUUAAGAGGAAUGAUUGGUUAUGCUCCUCCAGAGUAUGGUAUGGGAAAUGAGGUGUCAACCUAUGGUGAUAUCUAUAGUUAUGGCAUACUAUUGUUGGAGAUGUUCACGGGAAAGAGGCCCACUGAUAACAUGUUCAAAGAUAGCUUAAACUUUCAUGACUUUGCGAAAGCAAAUUUACCCGAACGAGUCGUUGAUAUUGUAGACCCUCUUCUUCUUUGGCAAAGAGAAGAUGGGGAAACAAGGACGGAUGAUACACAAAGUCAAAAUAGAACUGGUAGACCCGAAAUUCUGGAGUGCUUGAUUUUGAUAUUUGGAAUUGGAGUUUCUUUUUCAAUGGAAUUUCCAAGAGAGAGGAUGAUUAUUAGUGAUGUUGUAGCUCAGUUGCAUUUGAUUAGAGAAAAGCUCCUCGGAACUAGAAGACGCCGGGAAAGACUUCAAUUUACAGGUACAGAGGGCCAGUGACUCUAUUGGAUGGUGCCGAUAUCAUGACUUGCCGAGUUUUGUAUUUUGUAUAAUGUUGGAGCAAAAUAAUCAUACUUGUAGCACCCUGCUGUUUCUUUUAGCAAUCAUGUAUUUGUUUCUCUUGUAUUUGUCAUAGUUUUCUUACUUAAUCUCAGUGGUUGUGAUGUGUACUAUUGAUUACCUAAGGACCCUUUUUUUUUUAAUCUUUUUCAAUAUGAGAAGCUUGAGGACUAUCAAUGAGGGGAAAGAGACUGUUUCACUCACCCUCUUUUGUGUUCGUAUGUGUGCAUGUAUUAACUUUGUUGGCAUCUUAAA